AUGUUUUUCCCACAGGUGCUUGCUGUAUUUAUAUUAUCGCUUUUAUGCCAAGCCAGUCAAGAGAUUGAUGACAAAUAUGCCGGGUUCCCCAAACCUCUUACUGAGGAGAACUUCAAGUUGGAGCUGGCCAAUGGUUUGCACGUAGUGGAGUUUUUUAGCCCCUACUGCUCACACUGUAAGCAAUUAGAACCCAAAUGGAAGGAGGCCUGGUUGCAGAUGAAGGAUGAGGGCGAGAAACUGGGCAUUACACUCAACCAGAUCGAUUGUGUAGCGAGCGGUGAUCUGUGUGUCGAUGAGGACAUCGAAUAUUUCCCCACUCUUCGACUAUAUGGGCCCAACGGGUUUAUCAAAAAUUAUCCAGCUAGUGGGAAGAGGAACGUGGCAAGUAUCGUGGAUUUCGCGAAGACUGAAGCGAUCAACCCUGACAAUCUAGAAACACUCACUAAUAAAAGCGAAAGCAGGCUUAUAGACGAUGCCGAAUUUGUGGAAAUGAUCUCCGGGGAGGCAGCCGAACCUUAUUUUGUUUCAUUCUGGCCCACAGAAACGAUGGAUGAUUUUGAUUCGUAUUCCAAGUUUAUUGGCUGCGAAAACUGUAGUCCGUUCCAAAGAACUUGGAUGUUGCUGUCUAACAGAUUGCUCAAGUAUGGUAUUAAAUCUGCACAUCUGAACUGUGCUGCUCAUCAACAACUUUGCAGCAAACUGGGAUUUGACAAAUUACUCAAGUUUGACGAUGAAUACGCGGAAAGACACCCAAGGGUUGCAUUAGUAUUACCUAACAAGACGACCAAUAAUCUAUUUGUAUAUGACGAUGGAUUUACUGCAGACGUUACCCCAUACGAGGCCUUUGCAAAGAGUAUUUACACCAAUAACAAACCCAAGUCGAUAACCAAUAAGCAGUUGGAGGAGAUGAUGUACUAUAAACUAGAUUUUUCGAGUGAAGCGUACAUUCCUUUGAACUCGCAAAAGAUACAUUUGGUGUUCUCCUAUGACCCCAAAACGGUGGUAUCCGAAGAUUUCGAGAUAUUCGAGUAUCUGCUCCACUCGCUGUCAAGAGUGCCCAACGUUGAACUCCGCACAUCCCAAGAGAAUGUUAUGACGUUGGUUCGUGAUGGGUAUGAAGAAUUUUACAGUGAUAUCAACCGUUACAACAGGGACUCCAAACGGGUGUUAGACGAGGCAUUCUUCACUCUAACUACACUUACUCAGUCUCCAACUUUUGUUCUAUUCAAGGACGGAGAUGUUGUCCCUCACGUUUUCCAUGGGUACUCUACAACGGAGAUGAGGAACCCAGAUUUGAUCAUGUCUUGGGUCAUGGAGCAUUCGAAGCCACUUAUCAGCAAAGUCGAUCACACCAAUGUUGAGGAGCUUACGAGGACGAAUCCUGAGAUAUACGAUUCGUUGACAUUGCUCUGUGUCGAUACCUCUGACAAAGAGUCUCAGAAGCAAAGUACGGAAAGUUUGGAUAAGUUCUUGGCCGGAUACCAUGAUUUUGAAGACACAAGAAUGAAGUUCAUGUUCGAGAAGAUCCUUAAUAGACGAGGCAGAAAGCAGGAGAUUAUAAAGGGUUUGCGGGACAAAAACACAGAAAUUGACAAGAUAGUAGGUGCAAUGAGAAUUGAGAUUGUGCACGAGGACGACCGGAAGACCUUACUAGGCUAUGUGGACGUUAGUGACGUCGAUGACCUGUUAGCCAGAUUGCAAGUGGAUGCAAAUGUUGCCCGCCGUAGCGUUGGAGAUGUCUUUAUAAUUGACACGAAGAACAAGAAGCUGAUCUACGAGGACGUUUCACAAAGCACUUUGAACAGCACUCCAAAUAAUCUUCGCGACACCUUGAUAUCUAUUAAUAUUCCGGAAAAGGCAGACUCUGAGGCCCCUCAUGGGGUCCCCAUUCGUAUUUUUGCCGUUCAAAACAGGCGGUCCAGUGGAUUGUCAUUCAGACUAGGCCACUUCGUGCUAUUAGCCCUGAUCAUCAUAGUGACGUGGAAGGGUGCCGUCUUUUUGAAACACUUGAAGAUCAACAGAAUCUACAAAGCGAAGAGGAACACGACGGGACUCCUGGGUACCACUACUUACGAGAAGAAAAACUUCCAGGAUUGA